AACAUGGAAAAUGGAAAUAACACAAUUAGAGGUCCAGUUGUCCUUUUAAUUGGAGCCCAAAGUCUCCUAUUUUCUGGAGGUGUGUGAUAAGCUAAACUCUCUUCAACUCGCCUAAGUGUGAGGAUUUCCUGUUCAAACCUGAAGUGACACAUUGAUGACAAAUCAAUAUUUUCCAUCUAGCUUCACUCUGAGCCUUCACAGGGCAGCUUGUGAAGGUCACAGACAUUGCUUAUUCUUGACCGGGUUUUAAGUUUUUAAAUUUCUCCUUUUGUUACCAGCCUAAGCAGGUCUCUUUUUAGAGAGUAACCUGAUCUUCACACUAAAGAAUGCACAACUUCCUGGCCAACAGAAGCUGCAGAGAUGAAUAACCAAGGAGCAACCUAUGCAGAACUGAAGGGAGUCAAGAACUCAAAGAGGCAGAAAAGAAAACCUAAGGUUUCUAAAAGUUCCAUUUCAAUGACUGAGCAGGAAUUAACAUAUGUAGAAUUAAAUCUUCAAAAUGCUUCUCAGAAUCUUCAUGGGAACAACAAGAAUUACCACUCCAAAGGUUCACCGUCACCUCCAGAGAAGUUCAUUGCUGGGAUCCUGGGAAUCAUCUGCCUCGUCUUGAUGUCCACUGUGGUGACAGUGGUCACUGUUACUCCCUCUACUGUAAUAUGGGAACAGAAUUCCUCCUCUCUCAUAACAAGGCUCCAGAAAGAAUGUCAUUGUGGUCAUUGUCCAAAAGACUGGCUUACAUAUUCCAACAACUGCUAUUAUACUAGUUUGGAAAAAAAAUCAUGGAAUGAGAGUUUGAUAUCCUGUGCUACUAAGAAUUCUACUCUGCUUUAUAUAGAUAAUGAAGAGGAAAUGGCUUACUGUCAGAUGCAGUUCACAGCUAAAUUUCUGAUGUCCCUAUCAAUUAUAUCGUGGAUUCAAGUCUCUCGUGAAGGCCGCGGUCAUCCUUGGAAGUGGCUAAAUGGUUCAACUUGCAGACUACAGAUAACAGACAAUUUACCUGGUGAACGUAACUGUGCUGUACAAUCUUUAUGGGAAAUAAGAGCAGAAGACUGUCAGUUUCCAAAUGCAUAUCAUUGCAAGCAUAAGCUUGAGAAUUAAAAUAUGAGUUUGGAUGCUGUUGGGUAACUUGAUCUUUUAUGAAAUAGAAAUAAUAUUCUGAUUGCAUACAUUUUAAAAUGAAUUAUAUUAUUUUUUCUGAUAACGAAUGUUUUUCAAAAACAGUUGAAAUAUAAUUGUGUGUGCUCAUUUGUUCAGUUGUGUUUGACUCUUUGAGACCCGAUGGACUACAGGCUGUCAGUGUUCUCUGUCCAAGGAAUUCUCCAGUCAAGAAUACUGGAGUGGUUCUAUUCCCAGAUUUUUAAGGAAUUUCCACACUGUUCUCCACAGUGGCUGUACCAGUUUGCAUUCCCAUCAACAGUGUAAGA